AUGAAACAAUUCUCCCUCACCGGGAGUUCAAACGGCGUGGCCAUUCUGCUGGGUGGACCCCGCAAGCCGCCGGUUGGGCGUGGCUCGUGGGUGACUUGUAACGUGCAGUCGAGCUGCACUCUGGUAGGAAGCGGCUCAGCCGAGGCGAGUGCCGCGCAGGUCUUGGUGGUACCAGGUGGACCGCAGGGGGACUCCGGGAUGGCGGGCGUGAACCGGGAACCUUGCACCUCCUCCUGGCAUGGGCUGCGCGCCUGCAUCGUCCUCGCCCUGGCCACCAGCGCCCUUGCUGGUCACGUCGGCCACCUUGCUGGGGGUUACACUCUCGCCAGUAACCUCGGCUAUGGCCUUGGCUACGGCAACCUGGGUUACGCCGGUCUCGGUUACGGCGGUCUUGGUCUCUCCCACUACGGCCUUGCCCAUGGCGUUGGAUACUCCGGCCUCACCGGCUACGGUGUCGGCUACGGAUAUGGUUACGCGCCAGCCGCCAGCUAUGCUGUCGCUUCCCCAGCCGUCGCCCAUACCGUCUCCUCCUACCACACUGCCCCAGCUGUGACCACUGUGCACGCCGCCCCAGCUGUUACCUCUGUUCACGCCGCCCCAGCCGUGGCUGCUGUGCAAGCUGCUCCAGCCGUGACUGCUGUCCACGCUGCCCCAGCUGUCGCCACUUAUGCCACGGCCCCAGCUGUCACCUACGCUGCCGCUCCAGCUGUAACCAGGGUUGUCCAGCAGUCCGCUCCAGUUGUUGCUGCUGCCCCAGCUGUCGCCACCUACGCCGCUGCCCCAGCGGUGACUGCUGUCCACGCUGCUCCUGCUGUCACUACUGUUCACGCUGCGCCUGCCGUCGCUGCCGUCCAUGCCGCCCCAGCUGUCGCUGCUGUCCACGCUGCUCCAGCUGUCGCUACCUACAGUGUUGCCCACGCUGCCCCAGCCGUCGCUACCUACGGUGUGGCCCACUCUGCCCCUCUCUAUUACGGCUAUGGUGUAGGCUCCCUCGGCUAUGGUGCUGGUCACUAUGGUUAUGGCCAUGGUCUGCUCGGCUACGGCCUGAACUACGGCUAUGGUCUUGGCUCUCCUCUGAGUUACGCCACCCUUCUGCGCAAGAAGAAGUAAAUGUCGCUCUUUUAUGCCCUUCCGCAGCAGCCGUUCUUCGGAAUGGUGAUGAACCAAUGUUGGAGACUUCACUCAA